AUGAAGAAGGGAAUCCACCCCGCCUUGCAGUGGCUCAGCCUCGUCACGCCGCAGGGCCGCCUUGUGCGCGUGCUGUCCGCGCAGGUGUUCAAAUCCGACCGUCCGUUCUACAUCCGCGAUCCGGGCAAGAAGGCGGAGACGGAGGGGCAGAUCGCAAAGUUUAACAAGCGCCGGCAGGUGGAUGGCAGCCGCCACGUCAGCAUGCGGCGGAAUGACGUCAGCGCGUGGCGGCCCGCCAACGAAUUCACCAGCUGCUGUGAGGAGGGGGAUCGCGCGGGGAGAGGGGGGACGCAUGAAUCGGGGGCAGAUUCUUACAGGGGUGAUGCGUGGUGCAAUGGGGUUGGAGUGGGUGGUAAGGAGGGAGAUGAAGGUCACAUGAGUGGUAGAGCACGAGAGGGAGAGACGGCCUUUGAGGCGCCUCUAGAGCAGCAGGAGUAUGCUUCAGUGGGGGCAAGUUCUGAGGGGUCUGCAGCAGGCCCGCAGGGGUGUGCUUGGCAGAGGCAGCAAGAAGGGUACUCUGCCCUGCCGUUGCACUCUCAACCGGAGUUUGAGCGUUCCUAUGGGGAGACAGAGACGGCUUUUGAGGCGCCUAGAGAGCAGCAGCAGCGUGCUUCAGGGGGGACGAGUUUUGACACUGUGGAGAGUGCUGAUGGCGGUGGCGCUCCAAUGGCAGCGCGCCACGUGGCGGAGCUGUCGCCGUCCCUCCACAGGCACCCGGAGGGAUGGGAUGCGGCGCUGAUGCGAACUCUAGAGGCGGAUCCUCUAGGGGUGCAUGGUGGGGGGAUGAUCAGUGCAGGGGUGGAUGGGGGAGGAAUGAAUGGCGCAUGGGUGAACUGUGCAGUGUUGAAUGGAGCAGGGAUGCAUGGUGGAGGGGUGGACGGUGGUGGAAUGAAUGGUGGUUGCAUGCAAGGUGCAUCGCCCCCCCACACCUCUCCUGCAGAGCUCCUUUCGUGUGCGUCCACCUCCUGUCUCCUCCACCUCCGCAGCCUCUCCCCCACUCCCACUCCCACCCACCCAUCCCAUCCCGGCCUUUCCUUAUCACAUCCGCCCGUGGUUCCCGCUCUCUCCCUCACCACCACCACUGCGCCAGCGCCAGCGCCGCUAACUCCCCCUCUGCCCUGCUGCCUCGCUGCCGCAUGCCCAACUCACACCCCCUCUCAUUCCGCCCCCUCCUAUUCCGCCCGCUCUCAUUCCGCCCCUCCAGUUGCACCGCCCCACCAUGUGUCGCACAAUGCCUGUCAGCCUGGCUCCCCUCGUCCUGUCCACAAGCUGUCUCCUGCCGCUUACCCUACUCCCUCUCACGUCUCCUCUUCUCGAGCCUCUUUUUCCUCCUCUCUUCGCCCUCCCCUCUCCUCACCCCUCCUGCCCGUCCCCUCUCCUGCUGUUUCCUCUGCACCGGGCUCGCAGCAGCCUUCCUCUCGUUACAGUCACACCAGCUCUGCCGCUGACAACCAUAGACAUUCCAAUAAUCGACAUGACGAUUUGCAUCGCUGUUGCCAGCAUUGCACUCACUGCACAUGCUGUCAGCACCAGCGGCACCAGCAGCAGCAGGGACUAUCCCAGCCGCCCUCCUCCUCCUCCUCCUCCUCCUCCUCCUCCUCCUCCUCCUCCUCCUCCUCCUCCUCCUCCUCCUCCUCCUCCUCCUCCUCCUCCUCCUCCUCCUCCUCCUCCUCCUUCUCGUCCUCCUCAUCCAUCUCACUCCCCAGUGUGGCCUAUCGUGCCAUCAGCCCUGCGGACAUGGCAGAUCUCAAGGCCCUCCAUGAAGCCACCUUCCCCAUCGCGUACGAGUCGGAGUUCUACUCCAACGUGGUGCACCACCGGGGCAUCAUCUCGUGGGGUGCGGUGGACCCUUGCCAGCCGGACCGGCUGGUGGGCUUCAUCACUGCGCGCCUCGUGCCGCCUGCCGAGGCGCAGGUGCGUGCAGGGCGCAUGGCGUAUCAGGGUUACGGAUGUGUGCAUGGGUGGUGGUGGGUGCAUCACAGGGGCAUCAUCUCAUGGGGUGCGGUGGACCCUUGCCAGCCGGGUUCAUCACUGCGUGCCUCGUGCCGCCUGCAGAGGCGCAGGCGCAGUUGGGCCCCUGCAAGCCUGACCGGGGUGGGGUUCAUCACUGCAUGCCUGGUUCCGCCUGGAAAGGCACAGGUGCAGUGUGGAAAGAAGGGGGAGGGGAGUGCAGCAUGGGGGUCUGCAGCAUGGGGGAGUGCAGCAUGGGGGUGUGCAGCAUGGGGGUCUGCAGCAUGGGGGAGUGCAGCAUGGGGGUGUGCAGCAUGGGGGUGUGCAGCAUGGGGGAGUGCAGCAUGGGGGUGUGCAGCAUGGGGGUGUGCAGCAUGGGGGAGUGCAGCAUGGGGGUGUGCAGCAUGGGGGUGUGCAGCAUGGGGGAGUGCAGCCUACUAUGUUCCUGAGUCGAUUCAAAAACUUGCUGUGUUGUCUGCAUCCCCCCCUCUCUCUCUACUUGCCUUCACCUCCCCCACUCGCUUCUCCCUCAUACACUUCUCCCUCACACGCUUCUCCCUCAUACACUUCUCCCUCACACGCUCUCCCUCACACUCACCUCCCUCCCUCCCGCCAUCUCCCUCUCAAAGGGCGGACGUGCUUCCUCUGACUCCUCUGUCGCCCCACCACACCCCAUCACUCUCACUCCUCUACAUCCACACACUCGCCUCCCUCACACUCGUCUCUCCUGCACUUCAUCGCAAUUGUCAAUCUGGCCGUCCUUCCAUCGUGUACCUCUCCUCGUCCCCUUCCACUCACAGCAUCCCACUUGGUGCAUCUCUUAUCUGCUUCUCUCCACGCCUCCUCUCUCUGCCUGCUACUUCAAAAGCUUUUGUCACCCCUCCCCUCCCAUCCUACCACCUGCCCCUCUUCUCGUCCCCACAGCAUCACACCUGGUGCAUCUCCUUCUCUCCCAUGCCUCCUCCCUCCCGCACUGCGCCGCCGUCUACCUGCACGUGGUCGCAUACAACGCACCAGCCAUCCGCUUCUAUCGCUCGCUGCGCUUCUGCUGCCGCUCUCACCAUCCCUCUUGCUGCAUCGCCUAUCUCCUGCCCUUUCAACUCCCCUCUCUCUUCGCUACUAAAAAUGCUUUCGUCACCCUCCCCACCCACCACCUCUCCUUCCUCUUCCCACACCCCUUCCCCCACAGCAUCACACCUGGUGCAUCUCCUUCUCUCCCACGCCGCCUCCCUCCCGCACUGCGCCGCCAUCUACCUGCACGUGGUCGCAUACAACGCACCCGCCAUCCGCUUCUAUCGCUCGCUGCGCUUCUGCUACCGCCGCCGCCUCUCCCGCUUCUACUACCUUGAGGGGGGCGAGUACGAUGCGCUGCUCUUCGCGCGCUACGUCAACGGCUGGUUACCACCCGACUCCAGGUCGCAGUUGCAAGGGCAGACACUUCAUAUACUGCAACCUGCGAUUGCAGCGGCUUCUACUGCAGUGUCUGCUGCCAUGUCCCUACUCGCGGUGGCGCUGCUCGCCCAGAUGCUCACAGCCACCCGUGCGCUGCCCGUGAGCGAGAUGAUAGCAACCAUGAAGUCAAAUGGCGUUUAUUACGUUCAGAUGGAGCGCCUGUUUGCGCUGGACGGCACCAAAGACAUCUCGGGCGUGACGAUUCUCGUCCCGCGAUCCCCCAGUGGCGAAACCUACGCCAGCCAUGAUAACACCACGCGCAAGUACAAUCAGGCGAUCGCGGACGCGCUCACGCUCAUGCGCGCAGCCAGCGGUUCAGAAUCGAGUUGGACCGCCGCCUCACAGAAUUUACUCUCCCCUGCUGUCACGAAAGUUUUGCUGGAUAUCUGGAAGUUUCAGAUUGUGAAGCAAUACCUCCCACCCUCCGUCGUGGAGCAGAAGUACUCAUCUGGCGGGCCGUGGGAACUUCCAACCCUCGAGGGGCAACCGCUCUGGAUGACGUACAUCUCUCCUAUGAAUGGCGGCAUGUGGAACAUAUCCGGCAUGUCUCCUCAGCAGCAUGCCACCUCUCCGCUGCCUCGAGUAGGCUCGCAGCGCUAUGUGGAACCUGAUGGGAGCCCGUUUGCAUACACGGUGGGGAGUACUGAACGCAUUGUAUAUAAUUCUCCAGAGAGCGAAGUCGUGGUGUAUCGGAGCAAUGCGUUGCUUCUCCCUUAUAACAUGGAGGCUCUAAGCGCGUAUGCAGGAGCCACUGCGUCCAUCUUCCACCUGCUUGCCUCCAUUGGUCUGGCCCUCGUUGCACUCCUGCUGCUGUAA